ACUGCGAAACAAAAUGAAGUAAAACAAGAUGGCGUUUGAUGGAGAAGACGUUACUGUGGCCAUUAUAGUACUGCGUUCUUAAUCGUUACGAACAUGUACACAUAUAUGGUGUUUGAUAGAGUAAAAAUGAUUAAUAAUUGUUUGUAUUUGGAUACAUUAGUCUAAGUGCACUUUUAAGCUACUUGUGCUAGCUUAGCUUAGCUUGUUAGCUGCUAACAAAGAGACGCGGAAGUUAUCAACACAUCGCUAAGCAGAGAUCAAGUGUGAGUGUAAAGUGUUGUGAUUGUGUGAAAAUGUGCGAAAGAACGAUAGCAGAGUACGAGGAGGAACUUUGUCAAACCAAAGAAGAGAACGAGCGACAACAUCAACUACUGGACGCUGUUUUCAAGAAGCAUCAAGUUGUGUUACACAGAACAGACAUCCAGCAGCUAAUUGGACAUAGAGAAGAACGUGUCCCUCAAAUGCAGGGGGGCAGCUUCCCUUUGGAGCAGAAGGUUCCACAGCCCCCGCAUUUUAAAGAGGAAGAAGAUGAGCCACAUUCCCUUCAUGUUGAAAAGGAAGAGCCAUAUUUCCUUCAAAUUAAAGAGGAAGAGAAAGAACUCUGGAUCACUCAGGAGGAAGAGUGUCUUCUAGGGCAGGAGGAGGCUGAUCUCACCAAGUUUCCACUGACUGUUGUCUCUGUAAAGACUGAAGACCAUGAAGACAAACCGCCUGAGUCCUCACAGCUUCAUAACAGUGCAAGUGAGGAGAAGAGAGAGGUGGAGCCUCCAAGCAGCAGCUCAACUCAACACAUGACAACAGAAGCUGAUGGAGACCACUGUGGAGGAUCACAAGCAGACAAGCUCUUAGCUCCACUAUCAGAUAGUGACGAUAUAACAUCAGACGGUUAUGUAAAUAUGGAAUCCCACAUGAAAACACACACAGGAGAAAAACCUUUCAGUUGUUCAUUUUGUGGUAGACAAUUCUCUGUAAAAAGUAAUAUGAAAUCACACAUGAGAACACACACAGGAGAAAAACCCUUUUCUUGUUCAGUUUGUGCAAAAGGGUUUCUUUUAAAAUGUAAUUUGACUCGACAUAUGAGAACACACACGGGAGAAAAACCUUUCAGUUGUUCAGUUUGCUGUAAAACAUUCUCUCUCAAAGGCCAUGUGCAAACACACAUGAAAAUGCACACAGGAGAAAAACCUUUCUGUUGUUCAGUUUGCUGUAAAACAUUCUCUCUCAAAGGUCAUAUGCAAAUACAUAUGAGGACACACACAGGAGAAACUCCCUUUCGUUGUUCAGUUUGUGCAAAAGGCUUUGUUAAAAACUUUAACUUGUCUAAGCACAUGAGAACACACACAGGAGAUAUACAAUUCAGUUGUUUAGUGUGUGGUAAAAGUUUCUCUGACAAAUAUAGUUUUCAAAGACACAUGAGAACACACACAGGAGAAAAACCUUUCAGUUGUUCAGUGUGCGGCAAAAGAUUUUCCGACCAAAGUAAUAUUCAAUCACACAUGAGAACGCACACAGGACAAAAACCUUUCAGCUGCUCAGUGUGUGGUAAAAGAUUCUCGGACAGAAGUAAUAUUCAAAAACACAUAAGAAUGCACACAGGAGAAAAACCUUUCAACUGUUCAGUGUGUGGUAAAAGAUUCUCUGACAAAAGUAAUAUGCAUUCACACAAGAGAACACACACAGGAAAAUAACUUUUCCUUUUUUGGAAGUCCUCUUUGAGUGGACUUAUAAGUUGUAUUCAGUCAAGUGACCUUAGAACGGAAGUAAACAAAGUGGUGGGCCAACAUGGCUACUGUGCAGCAAACAGAGUGCUAACUAUCUGAGGAAGCAAGGGGCCUACAUCUUACCACUAAAAGCAGAUACGAGCAAAAAAAUCUAACUAUGCAGUGGAAUAGAUCCCUAUACUUUAUCAAAAAAAGAUGUGUCGAGUGAAAUCAAGGAUUAUACGUCGGUGGUGUUCCCAGACAUGUGAAACUAUUGUGCUCCAGACAUCAUUGUACACAACAAAACAGAUGGAAACUUGGAAAAGCAUGGAGGUCUACUACUUCUUUGUGUGUGGCUGAGUCAAGGACGUUGGUAUCAAGACUCUCCCUGAUAAAUAUGCAUCGUUUUUGCCGGUGUAACAUUGCAUUUCAUGAUUUAACUUCACGUCUACUGCCAUAUUUGUUGUUGUUGCAUGCACUGUUUACGAGUAGCAUGUUUUUUUAAUCAAAUAUAACUAUAGAUGUCAACAUUUUGUAUGUGCUGAAAGAUUAAUUUAUGAUUGUUUGUCAAAAUAUAACUAUAGAUGUCAUCAUUGUAUAUGGGCUGAAAGAUUCAUUUAUGAUUGUUUGUCAAAAUAUAACUAUAGAUGUCAUCAUUGUGUAUGUGCUGAAAUAUUAAUUUAUGAUUGUUUAUCAAAAUAUAACUAUGGAUGUCAACAUUGUGUAUGUGCUAAAAGAUUCAUUUAUGAUUGUUUAUCAAAAUAUAACUAUAGAUGUCAACAUUGUAUAUGUGCUGAAAUAUUCAUUUAUGAUUGUUUAUCAAAAUAUAACUAUAGAUGU